ACCCUUCCCCGUUCAAGCGAGGCGCUGCUCCGCGAGACUCCGCCGCCAGGUGCCUCUCCCUCCCGCGUGUCGUCUGGAAGUUUCCCGAGAUCAGAGAAUAUUCUUCGCUCUCUGCGAAGAACGGCGGCCUUUUCACCACAUCCAGCCUAAAUACAUCAAGAACUAAAGAUGGUGAAAGAAACAGGUUACUAUGAUAUGCUUGGGGUGAAACCCACUGCAUCACAAGAUGAACUCAAAAAAGCAUAUAGGAAAUUGGCCCUCAAGUAUCACCCUGACAAAAACCCAAAUGAAGGAGAAAAGUUCAAGUUGAUCUCACAGGCAUAUGAAGUCCUUAGCAAUGAAGAAAAACGCAAAAUUUACGACCAGGGAGGAGAACAGGCCCUCAAGGAAGGAGGUAGUGGAGGUGGAAGCUUCUCCUCCCCCAUGGACAUCUUUGACAUGUUCUUCGGAGGUGGAAUGAGGCGAGGACGAGAAAAGAGAGUGAAGGAUGUUAUUCACCAAAUGAGUGUUUCAUUAGAGGAACUUUACAAUGGAGCUACUCGAAGAUUGGCCCUGCAGAAGCAUGUUAUUUGCAACAAAUGCGAAGGUCAGGGCGGAAAGAAACCCCCAGAGAAGUGCCCUUCAUGUAGAGGCACUGGAAUGCAGGUCCGAAUCCAGCAGCUAGGGCCAGGCAUGGUAUCCCAGGUGCAGAGCAUGUGUGGAGAAUGUCGAGGGCAGGGUGAACGCAUCAGUCUUAAGGACAGGUGUAAGACAUGUGAGGGCAGAAAGGUGGUCAAAGAGAGAAAGAUCUUAGAGGUUCAUGUGGACAAGGGCAUGGAGGAUGGACAGAAGAUUGUUUUCUCGGGUGAAGGGGACCAAGAGCCAGGCCUUGAGCCAGGAGAUAUUAUCAUCGUCUUAGAUGAGAAAGAUCACCCAACAUUCAGACGCGUCAUGAAUGAUCUCACAAUGCAGAUACACAUAACCCUUGUGGAAGCAUUGUGUGGCUUCCAGAAACCUAUUAAAACUUUAGAUGAUAGGACUAUCGUUGUUAGCACCAUUCCUGGCGAAGUGAUCAAGAAUGCCGAAAUCAAGUCUGUAUUAGGUGAGGGCAUGCCUCAGUACAAGAAUCCAUUUGAAAAGGGACGUUUGCUCCUCCAGUUCCUUGUAGACUUCCCAUCACAAAUUCCUCUUGAUCGAAUCCGAAAGCUUGAGAAGAUUCUCCCUCCCAGACCCGAGAUAAUAAUCCCAGAUGAGGGUGAGGAAGUGAACCUUGUGGAGUUGGACCACAACCAGCGAGGAAGGCGUCACAACCACAUCUAUGAUGAUGAUGAUGAUGACCAUCACGGAGGACGGCAACAUGUCCAGUGCCAGACAAGCUAGGCUCCCACAGCUUUAUUAUGUAGAUGUCGGUAACUUAAAAUACUUGCAGCACCUUUCUUGCAUCCCUGUCAGCAGGUAUAUGUAGUGACUUGUGGCUGAAAGACUGGAGUGUGAUCAGCACACAGCAUGAAAGGUAACCAGGAUAUUUGAUAUUUCUAUGUUUGAGGUUUUGUGUUCAUGUUGUCUGCUUCUAAUUAUGUUCCAAUCAUUUCACAUUUCACUUAGUACAUGUCAGGAAGGGUGUCUGUUGUAGAAGGGAGGAUAUAUGGAUGAGGCUUCAGUAUUUAAAAAAUUAUAACCCCUUUUCUCUCAUAGGGAGAUGCAAUCUCCUGUAGAGAGCACAUCCCAAAGCUGGUGGUUUUAUUGCUUCCUUCUAGAUGUUGUAGAGGACACUACAUUAUUUUAUUUUAUAUUUUUGCAAUUUUGACGUAAAAUAGCCUCCAUUUAGUUUCUUUUCUUUUCCAUGGUUAUUUGUUCCACUAUGAUGAUGGAACAGUCCACAGAUAGAUCUGAAGGACACCAUUUCCUUUAAAAUCAAUGAUAUAAUGCAGAUCAUUAUCAAACUGAGAUUUUGCAUCAUGAAUUUUUUUUUUUUUUUUUUUUUUUUUUUUUUUUUUUUUUUUUUUCCCUCCAUCCUGAUUUACUAGACCAUUUUUGCCAUAUCACUGAAACAAGUCUUGGUAUUUAGUAAUUGUAUGUUUUCAACCCAUAUAUAUUCCAUAUUUUACUGCGGAGGAUAGCCAAGUAUUCUCAAGUGAGCAGUAUCAUUUGAUUAACUGUUAAUGCCACGUACUACAAAUGGUCAUUACCAUGUUCUAUUUUUCCUGUUCUCCCUCCACUGUGUCCACUUGUCAUCUUGUGUGUGCACUUGCAGUCUACUGCACACAAGACAUUUGAGACUCUGCAUGGUAAAACUGGUACCAGUUGUCAUUUUCCUGAGUUUUCAACCUAAAUUGGGCGGAAAGAACAGUUUAUAAUCAAACCCAGUAUUUCUCAAUUGAAGUCCAUCAUCCAGAAACUUGAGAUAGAUGUACAUGAAGAAACAGAGGAAUAUUUGUGUACUUCUAUUUGAUAAUAUGUUUUACCAGUAACCUAAAUACUGCACAUUGAUUAUUCACCUUAUCUGUACUGACACUAGUACCUUUAUCUACCCCAUUGUUUACCAAUUUACAAUUUGUGUCAGCAUAAAGCACAUACAAGUUCAAGUGUCCAAACAGUUUUGAGAAAUUAUGGUUGGAAAGGAUGGCCCUAUAAAAAGUUGACAUUCCAAAAGAUUAUGUAAGCCAUCUUUAAAUUACAAAACUGCACAGUUUUUAGUAUUCUGGAAUUUUGGUGUAUAUUAAAAAACUGGCUUUGCAAUUUUAUCAUGCAAAGCCUCAUUUGUAGACUAAUUGUACAUAACUCUAGCCCAGAUUUCCCGAGGGGCUAGUCGUAGAUGUAUGAGGGGCAUGAGAUUAAGGAUUUGAGCAGUAGAAAUGUUGAAGCAUUGGAAGGGUUAGGGAAAAGAUUUAUUACCCUUGAAGGGGUUAAAUGGCAAGGUGACUACUUUUUUUUCUGCUGAGGUGUGUGAGUGGACUCUUCUCUCCCUAAAAGAAUGUUGUCGUGUAUGUGCACAAUCUUCCACCCAUGAUAUCAUUCAUUACUGAACUUUUUAUACAUGGAUUGGUCUUUUAAUACAUUAAGUUCUUGACACAUGACACUAAUUUGAAGGAAGCUGGAGGGGAUAAGGCUGGAAGCUCAUUUAAUCUGCAGUUUAGACUCCCUCUUAUAUAAGAAUUUUAACAAUGAAUAGUUAAUGAAAACACAUGGCCUGUUUUUUCAAGGCAACAGAAAACGUAUGGCAAAGAUGGGAUUGGGAGUGAUAUCCACAUUCAUCCCAUAUAUGUUGUUAGGUGGCACAUUUCGUGCUGUUUUUGAUGCCCUCUGUUUGAACAUAAAGACAACUUAUUAAUACUUUUCAUUACAUUUAAUUAACCUUGUUCUGUAAAUGCUGAGAGCAUUCAGUACCUCAAGAAUAUUCUGUGUCAAGGCUCAUCUUGAGGGUAUAUUGUAUUUGAUGGCCUAGAUUUGAUUUCACAAAACUUAAUAUUUUAUGUAGAUGGUGAGGAAUUAACUCAUUCCACUGUUACUAUUAUCAGGUUAGCAAGUCUGAAUUUUCAUUAUACAUAUAACUUGGUAAGUAUUAUGUGGAUGGAUGAGUUGUCUCAUAAUUUGAAACUGAAAUAAAUGAAAGUACAUGUAAAAGAAAAAAAUAAAUUGUAUAAAGAUG